CGGCACGCGCGGUCAGAUCUACAAAGAAGAAAAGAUGAUUCAAGAACUCCUAGGAGGUGCUCGCCUUAUUGGAGGAGAGAGGAAAAUUUCCAUUACUGGAACCAUUUUGGAAGGAACACCUUCUACUUCUCCUUCGUUAUCUCCUUCUUCUUCAACUACAACUACAUCAAUAACAACUACUGCUACAACUACUGCAACUGCUGGUAAUUCAACUUCUUCAACUUCAGAGAACCUCAGAUGUCCUAGAUGUGAUUCUUCAAACACUAAGUUCUGCUACUAUAAUAACUAUAACCUCACUCAGCCUCGCCACUUCUGCAAAACCUGUCGCCGAUAUUGGACUAAAGGUGGUGCUCUUAGGAACGUUCCAAUCGGGGGCGGAUGCAGAAAAAACAAGAGCACAACUGUAUCUACAUUAGUUGGAAAGUCAAGCACCAGUAAGAUGAAAACAGUGGCAUCUGAAAUCGGAAGAUCGUGCUUCGGGAAUGGGUUUGAUCAUGAACUUCCAUCAAGCCCAAUUAUGUGGGCUUCACCCCAGAAUUCUCAUCUUUUAACCUUACUGAGAGCUACCCAUAACCCUAACCCUAACCCCAGUACGCUAUCUAAUUCUCUUGCUGGGAAGGAGGAAGGGUGUAUGAUCGGAACCCACAUGAUAUCUGAGCCAACGGUUGCAACCGGUGCACUAAAUGCCCGUACCCUGGGCUUGGACCCUCUUACCCAAGUCCCUUCUCUGGGCACUCAUUUUUGGAAAAACAGCCAACACCAAGCUCAACAGCACCAACAAACUGGAUUCAUAGUUCGUGAAGCUCAAAACUCAGGGAUUCAAGAAUUGUAUCAAAGACUCAGAUCAUCAACUAAUUACUAUAGCAAUAACUCUCCUGUAGUUCUAAGCAACGUGGCUUCUUCCUCAACUGCAUCUUCAACCAUUUUAGAGUCUUCUCCUGUUGCUGGAGGUGAAUUGGGUUACUGGAAUCCAACAUUUUCGUGGUCUGAUCUUCCAACAACUAACGGCAGCUGGUGGUGGUGGUGGUGAUCUGUUGGGUGGCAUAUAAAGAUUCUUUUACUAUUAUUAUUAUUUGUUCUUACGAGAAAGUGAUGAAUAGAGUACUUAAAGCAGCCUUUUGGGAAAGAAACCAGCAAUUUGAUUCUCAAAGUCGGAAAAGGAUUCCACUUGCAGCCUUGUCUCUGGCCACUCUGGUUCUAAGGAUUUUGCUUAGAUUUAAUCACUUCAAGUACCGAAUCUUUUUCUUUCCACAUACAUGUUCUCUUACUAUAUAGUUUAGGCAGUUUGAGCAUGAAAGAAUAUAGCUAGUGCUGAAUUUUAUUUUCCUUUAAUCGUAGCACUCUUUCCAAAUUCUUUUA